ACUAACGACUGUGAGUCAUCAUGAGCGGACGCGGCAAAGGAGGCAAGGGACUCGGGAAAGGAGGCGCCAAGCGUCACCGCAAAGUUCUCCGCGACAACAUCCAGGGAAUCACCAAACCCGCCAUCCGCCGUCUGGCUCGCCGCGGCGGAGUGAAGCGUAUCUCCGGCCUGAUCUACGAGGAGACCCGCGGCGUGCUCAAGGUUUUCCUGGAGAACGUGAUCCGCGACGCCGUCACCUACACCGAGCACGCCAAGAGGAAGACGGUGACCGCCAUGGACGUGGUGUACGCGCUCAAGAGGCAGGGCCGCACCCUGUACGGCUUCGGAGGCUAAACCACCACCACCAGCACCUGAACGCACCACCAGCAACACAACGGUUCUUUUAAGAGCCAAACACCGAGUCCGUGAAGAGACACUUCCUACACAUUAAUAAUUACUUGUUAUGGAUGUUGAGACAAGAUAUCAUUAUUAUACUGAUAAUUUUCUGAUGUUUUUUUUAAUAUUUAUAAGUAAAUGAUCAUAAACCACCUGGACAAACUAAUUGAGAGUUCUUGAGGUGGAACUCAAUCUUUAAAUCAGAAUAUUUAUGGUUCUUUUAUAACUAGUGCAACUUCCUUAGAUCAAUAAAUAUUUGUUAUGGAUGUUGAGACAAAAUAUCAGGACCAUGAAAAGUCUUGUCUGAAUUUUUCUGAUACAAGUUUCAAAGUGAAAAGGCCAAUAACGACCUGUAAACUGUAUGGACUCAUUUCCAUUCAAAGUUAUUGAAUUUCCCUGAGGUGGAAUUUAUUCACUGAACAUAUGUAAGAUUAAUCAUUUGUUAUGGAUGUUGAGAACAAAAAUAACAUCCGAGAAAUCUUGGAGUAGAAAUAAUUCAGUAUAAAGUUAUAAUGUAGGCCACUUAUCACCUGAGUAGAAUCUGAUGGGUGGCAACACUUAUCUUUUAUUAAUUUAUUCAAUAUGUCUAAAUACUAAAGCUUCUUUAUUCUGAGAACCAAACAGUCAGUGAGAAGUUCACGUCUUCUGAUCCACAUGAACUAGUGACAGACUUUUUGUCUCAGAGUCCUCGUGACCUCUGGAGGUUCUCACUGAUCCAGGUCAAAGUCAAUCAGGAGCAAGUUUCACCUUCGUCCUCGAGGCUUCUUCGGUUCGAACAUAAGCACGAGGAUAAAGACAUGAUGGGAUAAGAUUCAGUUUCUGAAUUAUACAAAUAUCCGCUCAACUUCAACAGACAUGAGUGGACUAGAUUUCUUGAAUUGCUCGACAUGAUGUUCAUUACCUGCUUGUUCAGGUGUUGAUGACUCGUCCUUCUGUUCUGUCAGUGAAUAAAACAACUCACUUUUAAUUUACUCUGCAUGAAAUGUUCCUGAUGAUGAUGUCAUUGUUCUCACAAAGACAUAAAACAAUUCUGAGAGAAUGAGCGGGUGUAUAACUAGACCCACUGUCAGAAAUCUAGAGUUUGCCUUAAACGACUCUGAUCCCAUCAUUUUUUAGAGUCGUUAAAAAUAAUCUGAUAGUUUGUUGAAUGACUCAUCAUAAACACAAUAUCACUGUGUCGUUAACAUGUUCUAGUGUGAUCAAUCAGUGUCUUUCAUCUGUGUGAAUAUUCAUGGUUUCUACCACUAAUGGUCAUGAAGAUAUUAAGAAUAAAACUC